AUGAUUAGCAUAUCGAGCUUCAUGAGCAUGACCAGAUCCCAUCGGCACGGUGGUGACCACGAUGGCGAUGACGACGACGCCGAUGACGUUGCAAAAGAUCCUAAAAGACGUAAAGAUAGCAAAAAUGGCGGCGGAUGGAAAGCUGCAAAAGUUACAAGUUUAGCCGAAAGAUACAACUUAGCCCACUAUUUAGAGGAUCAAGAUGAUGCUGAUGAUGAUAUAGAGAAGGCGGAACAAAUGAACGAGACAUCAACAACGAUAACAACAUCUCCGACGCAAGAUUUGUUGGAAUGGUGUCAGGAUGUAACCAGAGAUCACCGCAAUGUUAGUGUCAGCAAUCUAACCACCAGCUGGAGAAAUGGAAUGGCUUUUUGCGCCAUCAUACACCACUUCAGGCCCGAGCUAAUAGAUUUUGAUUCGCUGGACCCGUGUGACGUUCGUGGUAAUUGCAAAUUAGCAUUCGACGCCGGUGAGAGCUUAGGAGUGCCCAAGGUGAUAGAGCCCUCUGACAUGGUUCUAUUGAAGGUGCCUGACAAGCUGAGCGUCCUAACCUACCUCUUCCAGCUCAAAUCCUUCUUCACGAACGAUCACAGAGGCAUCAUGUCAUCUUCACUUUCGUCCACUUCAAAACCAUCCACACGCUCUUCAAAACCAGGAGAAACAACGUCGAACUUCAACUUUGAUCAGUAUUUCAGUGGCGAGGGCAAGAGAGGUGCUACUACUAAACAGAACUUUAGGAACGAGAGUGAGGAUGAUGCGGGGUUCGAAUGCAGGUCUCCGUCACCCUACUCUGUCACGUCGACCGUCUGCACGUCUUUCUCUCCGACCCCUGUUGCCAGCCUGGAGAGGGACCACAACAAGCUGGUGAACAGAGAGGCCAAACUUGAGCAAAACUCUGGCAAGAAUCCGCCGUACAAGAAAUUACUUCUCAAAUUUGGUGCUAAGAAUAAUAAUUUAGUUACUCAAACACCACCGCUCAUCAAUAAAUUUGAUGACACCAGACAACCUGGCAAUCAGUCAAGACAUUUAAACAGUGAUAAUGCAAAUGCGAUUCAACCACCGUCCUCCUCUUCAAAUAACAACAGCUCCAGUGCGGUCACCACCAUCAACACCAGCAACAGCAGCAGCAGCAACAGACCGAAGUUGAUGACCAGGAAACAACUGCUUAAUCCAUUUGAUUCCGAUGAAGAAGAUGAAAUGAAUGAAAAUGAUAGAAACAGAUCGAGAACUAAAUUGAAUGCAAAUGAUGAAACGCGAGUUGAUGUGGAGAUCUGUGCGAAUACACAAGCACACGAAUUCACAAAGGCAAAUGAUCGAAACAAGGGCUCUAACAAUUCAACAACAGAUGAAACGACGUUCCAGGCCACAAGCCGCGACAAUGAGGUUGCAAUGACCGACAAGCCCAUUAACAAUAUCAAAGCCGAUUUGAAGGAUCAACUCAGCAGAUCAUCUAACGCAAGUUCUCGACAGGAAAGAUUGAAAGAGGAGGCCCGGUUUUUGAUGUCGCAAGCCAAAGUUUCCAACUGCUCACAGCCACAAACUACUACGAAACAACUGCAGUCGUCAGCAGCAGCGGUAGCAACAACCAUGACAACAACAACUUCAUCGCCAUCAUCUUCAUCGUCAACAUUGUUGUCUUCAAAUUUUUCAGCACAGCCAAACAACGACUCGUUAACGAUGCAAGAAAAAUAUCUCAGAGAUCAGAACGCCAUGAGUAAGAGGCAGCAGGAACUUAGGGAGAGAGCGAGGCAGUUGAUCAUCGGAGCCAAGGGUUCCAAGCAAAUCACGGAGGUCAUCAGAAAGCCCUCGUACACGAAAGCCUACAACGAUUCGCCUCAAAGUGUCAGAUCGAACAAUACUUCGAAAGAACAUGGUACCAGAGGCCAUGGCGUGAAAAUGAUUGGGAAUGUAAGCGGCUCCGACGAAGUUACUGUCUUCACUAACGAUGAUUCAUUCAAUGAAGAUAACGAGGAAUGUAAAGUUAACCGUCUCAACAAAAAAUCAGAGAGCGAUUCUGAAAAGACAUCUACUGAGCAAGCUGGCACGAGGAAAGAUAGUGGAAACGAUGAAGCGGUGGCUGGAGCUAGCACGCAGACGACAGACGCGAGGAGUCAAAACAACUUCGGCGACUGCAACUCUCCAGACAAAAGCAUGUACGUAGCCACAGAGAUGGAACAGCUGGAAAAGGAACAACUGCUGAUUGAUGAGAGGGCAGCCGGGUUGGAAUGGGAGCUGAGGAGAGUGAUGAAGGAGGGGGACAGGGAUGAGACGGAGGAGAAGAUGUUGAAGGAAUGGUUUGGACUGGUAAAUCGGAAGAACGCCCUGAUCAGACGACAGAUGCAACUGAACCUGCUCGAGAAGGAGAAGGACCUUGAGAAGAAGUUCAACCUGUUGAGUGUCGAACUGAGGAACAUCAUGGCCCUCCCUGAUUGGCAGAAGACCGAGGAAGGCCAGCAGCGAGAGAAGUUACUGCUGGCGGAGUUGGUCGAGUUGGUUGAUAAGAGGGACGAGUUGGUGCAGAAACUGGACAGCCAGGAGCAGGCGAUUGAGGAUGAUGAAAAAGUUGAGCAUGCAAUCGACGAGAAGUUGGACAAGAGGAAGUCAGGGAGGUGGAGGAAGAUGAGGAACAGUGGUGGGGGCCUCGGUUCAGAGGCUGGUGCCGUUGGUGGCGGUUCUGGGGAUCCUUCUGCCUGUGCACUGCAGUGAAAGUUCUCAUCACCCUUCAAUGUCUGCAUGCUUCUUUUUAUUUGUUUUUGUAUUUUAUUUUUGUUAAUGAGUUUGUUUACGCAUAUCUGGUUUUUAUAUUUUUAUGUUCUCCAUGCAUGCGAACAUUUACAAACGUUCUCUUACUUUUGAGAGAGAGAGAGAGAGAGAGAGAGAGAGAGAGAGAGAGAGGCAUCUGUUUGCUAACUUACUUCAUUCAUUCAUUAUUCGUUCAAUCAAUUUUAUUUGCAGAUAAUCUUUUUAGAUUUUCCUUCUUUUUAUUCGCACAUUAAAAUAUGCCAUGUAUUUUUUUAAAUUUUUAGUUAAUUUAUUAUCAACCCGUCGUAUUUUACUUUGCAUUUAUACACACGCACACAUGUACGAUCACACAAUCGCUUAUAUACCCUCACACAAACACACACACACACACACACUCACUGCGUUGUCUUGUAGAUAUGCACUUGAUCUGGUUUGGGUUGCUGGGUUUUUUUCAUUGAAACGAUGACCAACAUAUUAAUUAAUUAAUUAAAAUUAAUUAAUUAUUUUAAAAUCUUACAGUGUCUUUCUUCAGAUCAUUUGAUUUCUAUAUAAUUUUUUCAGAUUUUAUUUCUUCGUUGAAAUUGUUUAAUUCUUUUUCAUUUUAUGAUUUUCGCAAUGAUUGUGUAUAAACUUACAACCUGGAUGUCGUCCACAUUCGGGCAUUUCAUCUCUGAUGGUUGGUUCCGUGCGUGUUGUCUUGAUACAAAUGUACAGGCGAGUAAUUUCAAAUUCCUUUGCAAAUAUUUCAAAAUUCGCACUCAAAUGCAAUAUUUGCCAAGAAAUGUCAGCCGUGUCAUCGCUCGAGUACAAUUACACAGUACAAUUCAGUACACAUGCAUAUACCAACAUAGACACACAUCUCGACACACACACACACACGCACACACAAACAAACAGAGACAAUCAGUAUAAGUUCAUUUAAAUUGCAUAUUUUCAUUUUUCAAUUCGUUCGUUUCACAUUGUUCAAAAAGAUGGUUGAUUUAUUAAGCGCUCAAAAA